AUGGGAUUUGAUUCUGUAAUCCAGCCAUUGGUCGACAGACGACUGUCUGGAGCUGCUCUUUGCUCUAGUCUGGGUGCCUUUUUUUGUUCCUUCCUUUUUCUUUACUGUCCUUCCGACAUCUACACUUUGGGACUAAAAGACUUAUUCAGUCAAUCUGCUAUUCUGCUGUCAUUUGCAUCGGCUUUGUUGCUGAUUCCUAUACUGAUCUUGAGACGAUCUUCAAUGCAAGCCUCGCCAGCUAUUUAUUCAAACAAUAUACAGUGGAUCUAUCAAAGCCUCAGGUUUAGUGUGGUCAUAUCAGUGUUGGUACACCUGGCUGCUACCAUAACUCUAUCAGCACUGUUUAAUUAUAUGCGAGAUAUCAACUAUCCUAUGCUUAUUCGUUCCAAGGGAGCAUAUGCACCUCAUUUGAACCCAAAAUUCGUAUACAUGUGUGGGGUGUAUUUGGCAGUUGGCCCAAUAUAUGCAUUGUAUCGCUAUAUUCAGCAAGCCGAUAUACUUCGAUUUCCUCCUAUCCAGAGAUCCAUGAGAGUAUGGUUUAAAUCUGUCAUUACAAAAUCUAUUGUUCGUGGUGUUCGACUAGGAUGCUGUUUAUCGGUUGUAUGCUGGUUUUCUUUUUUUUUUGCAGGCUGGCCUCUAUACUAUGCUUUAGAUAGCACACUGCAGCACUGGAAAUUUACUUUAAGUAGCACACCUAGAGUUUUGCUUACCUGUCUUACCGAUCUUCAGCUUUUUAUGAGAGCCUGCUUGACCGCAUCUUUUGUCAUAGUGCUUUUGGAAAUUGCUCAUGAUCAAUUCUCCUUGCAUACGACCUCGAUUAUUUUGGAAAACCCAAGCGUGUCAUUGCUUAUUGCGUCGUUUAACGAAAACCUAUCAUCAUACAACACGUACCUUGCCAUAUUUCAAAUCAAGUGGGCCGUCCAGUUCUCGCCUGCAUUAAGACAAAAAGUUUUUAAUGAUAUCGAUACAGACUGCUCUGCUUGGAAGCUAAUAUCUACUGCAUUGAUAACUCGACUAAAUAAUCUACGCUUGGCUUUUGAGGCUGAUAUGGAAAUUAAGAAAACUCGAUCUGAACUGUCGACAGAGGAAAAUACCUUUUCUGAACCGCCGAUUUCUAAUGGUUUAGUUUUUGGUGAUCAAUCUACUCACAAAUCCACACCUAUCUCACCUACCCAAACUGGUAUUAUUUAUCCUGCUCAGAAACCAUCUGUUUUAAGAAAUGCUGCUUCUUUUAUCCUAGAACCUACUGUUUCUGGCGGAAAUAUAUUCAUGUCUGAUGGACGAACUCCAGAAUUGGUGCAAGGUAGUGUAGAACUUGAAACAAGUUUAGAGGUUCCGAGACUUUUGCGCCGAAAAAAUCGGUCUAAUGCAGACCAGGCUCAUGCUCCAAAACCAGCAGCAAACGUGUCCAUAAUCAGCAUUCCUGGAUCUCAAGAUGUGAUGAAUGCGAUUGCUCAGAUGAUCACCAGUUGGUCGUUUGGACUGCAGCUAAUGGGUGAGACGGUUGUCAGAAAGGCAGCAUGCAUUACCAAAGAUAUACAGCUCGAUAUUUGGACUAUUGAAUCAUUGUCGAGUCUUGUCGUGGCAUCUACACAUGAAGACAAAUACGGUAUGGUGCACAGGGAUGUUCCACAUAUUUUGAACACGCUUACAUUGCUCCUUAUAACAAUGGAGCGGUUCGUGACUCAUGUUCAUCGUGAUGGCUCUGGACGUCCUAUGGCUGCUGGGAUACUGUGGAAAAGACAUACUGCUAGAUCGGCCACAUGGGUUGUGCCACAAGAACUUCACAUUUGCCUAUUGGUGCUUCAAAACUCCAUUUAUCGCAUUGUAACCACAUACUAUUCUCAUUUAUCUCGAUUUGACUUGUUACCCGAGACAGCUGCACGACUCCAGCAGUUUCUUGAUUUCCAUGAAUAA